CCCUUUGCUGGGUUAAGUUACUGUUUAUGCUUAAUUUGCUUCCAUUUUGUUUAUUACUCCUACAAGAAAUUGAUGAGGGGGUUCGCUUGCCGUUGCAGCACACCACAUCCCCCUCAUCCACCUGUCCGUGAUGAUACUCCCAUAGUUGAGACUUGAGAUUGCCCUUCUCCUCAAUCUUGUUGAUCUCUUCUCCCACCUCGCGCCUUCGAGCUAGUCGUGUUUAGGUUUAGCCCCAUUAAUCUUGGUAAGGGUGGUAGUGGUUGUUGCUGUUGUUGUUGUUGUUGCCCUGAAGCUUUCUUCCUCAAGUUGGUGGGGAAGCCGGUAGAUAGAAGAAGGGCGCCGGAGGUGUGAGAGGUGGAGGCAACGUGUCGUGCAAUAGAUCCGAUUUGGUUUCUCCGUUUCUAAUGAAUGUCCUCAAGGACCAGAAUUUGUCUUCAGCUGCUAAAGGAGGGCCUACCACUAAAGAUUUGUGAUCAAUCCCACUUUGAUCUAUUACCAUUGUGGCGCUGAAUAUUCAGUGAUAACAACGGCAAGAUCAACUCCCUAUUAAUUGUUCGGAAGUGCAUCAUUCCUCAGCGACUCCAGCAUAUAAAUAAAAUCCAGAAGGUUGCACCAGAGAAUAUGUCAAUGCAGGCCUCUAACCGACCAUACAGAUAUCCAGACAAUUCUCAAAUACCAUACUACAGCCGGAGUUCAAUGCAUGUGGGGCAAAAUGGUACUUACCAUGUGCAACAAAAUCAUGAGGAUCUUUACGCGUCAUCUGAUGAUGGUUCACAGAACGGCAAUUCUAAGGCUCAGGGGUUGCAAGCACAGUACUGCACUCUAGAUUCAUCCUCAGGCAAUUUUGUGUAUCCAGCACAUAGCUCUACAUCCUCCCACAUAAGUGGGAGCCCCAUUUCUCAGCAAGAUAGCCACUCAGAGCACACAUCUGGUUCCCCUGCAAGUGCUUCAUGUGUUACUGAAGUUCCAGGCUUGAGGUUUACAACAAUUGAGGAGAUAGAGAAUGCAAUGUUUGGACCUGAACCUGACACAGUUAGCUCGGACUGCUCCUUACUUACUGAUUCUGCUUUUUACCAAGAUAACUGGAGGGAGCAUCUGGGAAUCAAUACAGGGGACUUGAAGCAGGUAAUUGCAGCAUGCGGUAAGGCUGUUGAUGAGAAUAGUUGGUAUAGGGACUUGCUGAUAUCUGAGUUAAGGAACAUGGUUUCCAUUUCUGGAGAGCCGAUGCAACGCCUUGGAGCCUAUAUGUUGGAAGGCCUUGUUGCCAGGCUUUCUUCGACUGGGCAUGCCUUAUAUAAAUCCCUGAAGUGUAAAGAACCUACUAGCUUCGAGCUCAUGUCUUAUAUGCAUCUCCUCUAUGAGAUAUGCCCGUUUUUCAAGUUUGGUUACAUGUCUGCCAAUGGAGCAAUUGCAGAGGCUGUUAAGGGCGAGAACUUUGUUCACAUCAUCGACUUCCAAAUUGCUCAAGGUAGCCAGUGGGCAACUAUGAUACAGGCCCUUGCUGCAAGGCCUGGGGGACCACCAUACCUGAGGAUUACUGGUAUAGAUGACUCGAAUUCUGCCCAUGCCCGAGGUGGUGGACUGGAUAUAGUCGGACGGCGGUUAUUCAAUAUUGCCCAGUCAUGUGGUCUGCCCUUUGAGUUCAAUGCUGUCCCAGCAGCUAGUCAUGAGGUUAUGCUUGAACAUCUUGAUAUAAGAUCUGGGGAGGUUAUUGUUGUUAAUUUUGCCUACCAGCUGCAUCACACUCCUGAUGAGAGUGUGGGCAUAGAAAAUCACCGGGACAGGAUAUUGAGAAUGGUCAAGGGGCUCUCUCCAAGGGUGGUAACUCUUGUAGAACAGGAAGCAAACACAAACACUGCACCUUUCUUCAAUAGAUACUUGGAAACUCUUGAUUAUUACACAGCUAUGUUUGAAGCUAUAGAUGUUGCUUGCCCAAGGGAUGACAAGAAGCGGAUUAGCACUGAGCAACACUGUGUUGCAAGAGAUAUUGUUAAUUUGAUUGCAUGUGAAGGUGCAGAAAGGGUGGAGAGGCACGAGCCUUUUGGAAAAUGGAGGGCAAGGCUUUCAAUGGCUGGCUUUAGGCCGUACCCACUAAGUGCACUGGUGAACAACACUAUCAAAAAGUUGCUGGAUAGUUACCACAGUUACUACAAGCUAGAGGAGAGAGAUGGUGCCCUUUAUCUUGGAUGGAAGAACAGAAAGCUGGUUGUAUCUUCUGCAUGGCGGUGACAUCUCCGUGUUAAUUUGGAAGAAGCUUCUUUAGGUUCUUUCGUGGCUUCUUGGUGGACGCAUGAAUCCAAGGUGGAACCUGAUCUUCAUAGAGCAGAGAGAACUCCAUAGUCCAGAACAAUGUGGUCGCUUGCUUGUUGGCACCCAUCUCUAAACCCUCGUAUGCUUACCAUCCGUCAGAUUUAAUCGCCAUAGGCAGAAUACUCUUCCUGACUUCCCAUAGUCCAGUCCAGUCGCAAUAUAGGUGUACACUGUACUGUUUUACCUGCUCAUGGUAGAAUGUCCGUUUUAUGUCGAUCAGUCAAGUAGAGUCUGGUCACCAGAAUCCCCGUCUUAAUAGAACGUCUGUUUUAAAAGUCAGUCAAGAAGAGAGUCUGGUCACCAGAGUCCGUUUCUUGAUCCUGCUCGUUGUACAAUACAAUGACGUCUCAAUGUGAAUUCUGGAUCCUAUGCUACUACAAUGAUGAUAUGCCUCACUGAAUUCUGGAUC